UGCAAUUUCCUGUUUAUCAUUUUCUCCCUUAUUUUUCCAGUGGUCCUUAAUUGGAUUUGUCUUUUUUUGUAGUGCUAGUGUGUUCGGGGUCUCAGCGGAAUCAAUGCAAUGCUCAAUCGAUUCCAAAGGGAACAGCGUCCCCACUAUACUCUUGCUGUUGCAGGAGCGACUUUAUUCUCAAGGAGGCCUAAAGGCAGAAGGGAUUUUCCGGAUAAAUCCUGAGAAUAGCCAAGAGGAGCAUGUAAGAGACCAGCUGAACAGGGGCAUCGUACCAGAUAAUAUUGAUGUCCACUGUCUUGCAGGCCUUAUUAAAGCUUGGUUUCGGGAACUUCCUUCAGGGGUGCUGGAUGGACUUUCCCCUGAACAGGUUCUCCAAUGUAAUACAGAAGAAGACUCUGUUGAGCUUGUGCAGCAAUUAAAGCCAACUGAAGCUGCACUGCUCAAUUGGGCUGUUGAUCUUAUGGCAGAUGUCGUUGAGGAAGAGGAAUCAAACAAAAUGAAUGCAAGAAACAUUGCUAUGGUUUUUGCUCCAAAUAUGACUCAGAUGUCUGAUCCAUUGACGGCUUUGAUGCAUGCUGUUCAAGUAAUGAACUUGCUCAAGACCUUGAUCAUGAAAACACUGAGAGAACGAGAAGAGACUGCAACAGGAGGAUAUUCACCCAUAUCAUCUCAUUCAUGUGAUGGCCCAACAGAUGAAGAGUUUGAUAGUCAGCAAGAGAUGGACACGAGCUGUGAGCUGAGGGGGCCCACUUCAGAUUAUGAUAAUGCCCUUUACAGUAACUAUAGC